UUUUUUUUAAAUUAUGGGUGGCGCUUAAAUGGUUGCCACAGAGGAUAAAAUUCUAAAGCUCAUCUUAAUAUUCGGCAAAGUAGUACAUCUUUAAAUGGCGAACAUCAAACUUCUCUUUAUACUGUGCCUAGCAGUACUUAUGGUCACACAGUCCAAUGCCACCUCCCGCCCUCUUGGAGGAUAUGUGUAUCUGACCAAUAAACCUAAGACUGAAGACCAAUUUAUCUACGUUCAAUUUGAGAUCGGCUCGCAGGCAAAGUCAACCAAUUAUGAAAUCAGACACAAUGAGAACGGCUGUUACAACUUAACAAACCUUGUUGUGGAAAGUAUCGGAAGCAUGGGCAGCCAUGACUGGCUGGAGGUGACAUUUGGUGAUUGCCUCUGUGGUAGGGACAUCGUUGAGCAUCGUUAUACGGAAGAGGAACCGUUCAGCGUGAUCAAUGUAUACUGGUACAACAGGCACAUAUACUCUGGUGAUCCCGAAAAACCGCUUACCUGUAGCCCCAUCAAAUACCGCUAUCACGUGAUCUUUACCCUGUCAAAGGAUCCCGAUGUGCAAAUCAAGCAGAUGAUACAACAUUUCGUUGAGGAGAACAAAAUUGAAGGACUUUACAGACAGGAUCAUUAUGAAUGUGACGGUCUUGUCCGAAAUGAGAAUGUGAUUACAGAAGAAAGUCAACUCUAGAUGCAUGCUUCUGAUUCUGACAUUAUUUAACAUUGCGCAGUCAUUUAUUUGAUAUGCUUUUCAAUUUAGUUUAUUUAAUUAUAAAGAUCAGAAAUGUAUAUGUGUCAUUAAAUACAGACUGAGUUGAAAUA